AUGCAUACACCAUUGUUGCCAUGGAGACACGAAUAAACAAAGCUCAGCAGAGUGAGGAAAGAUGGAAAGAGAUUGAGGAGGAGAGAGACUCACUGAAGGAGCAACUCAAAGAGGAGCUCGGUAGGCUGGGGGGCUUUGAAAGCAACAGCACAUCUUACACAUCAGAAAAACAACAGGAACCGGAUCAAACCAUAACAUCCCUCCGGGCAUCUCUAGUCUCAUCCCAACAGGAAGUGGUCAGUCAGAGUGAGAUCAUAAAUGCCCUAAGUCGUGACCUGGCCCAGGCUCAUGCUCGGCUCUCUGAUAUGACAGGAGAACUUAGUGAACAGCAGAAGUUAGAGUUGGAAAGUCAUAAAGCUUUGGUGGUAGACCAGAAGAUUCAACUGAGCAUGCUCACACAGAAGCUAACCAUGAUGUCACAACUAGUGCAACAGAAAGAUGAAGAGACAAAGAAACUGAGAGAAAAACUGAGACAAACUGAAGAGGAUUCGAAAAGUAAAGCAGCAGCAUACAGAGAGAUGGAGAACACAAGCCUUGUUCCACUUCAAACCUCAAGAAACACUAAAGAUGUGGCAGUCAUGACAGCUCCUAAUGAUGUCAUCAAUCAGGGGUCAAAACACAAAGGUCAUCGCCGCGAGGAAGCGAUUCUUCAACAGCAGGAAGGUUUGCGUGACAUGAGAGAGCGAAUCAGAGCUAUUGAACAGAAGUGGCCUAGCAAGCGUCCGUCCCAGCAGGGGGAGCCAGAGAGACAGGGUCAGAAGAAGACUCAGAGACUUCAGAGAUCUGCAGCUCGGAGAGGAUCCAUCAGUUCUGUGAGUGGUUUUGCGUUCCCUGAAGCUCUGACCGAGGCAGCACGAGAGCGUACAGCCAGACUGGACAUGUCUGAUGCUCUGGAGCUCAGUGAGACAACAUACCUGGAGCUAGCGCGCGUGCUGCAUGAGGCUCUGGAGCUCAACGACGGUGAGCUGUCAGGCUGUGCUAGUUUAAAGCACCUACCUCCCGACGAGAGACAGCACAUAGUCUCUAUGAGACAAACAGACCUGGAGUUUUUGAGAACCCGCCUUGAUCUACAGAACAGACAAAGCCAACAACAAGAACUACUGCUGCAGGAGAACCAGAGAGAUAUACACACACUCAGAGAGAGCCAGGUGCUGGGUUUCCAGACGCAGGCCAAGCUUGAGAGUGUGAAGGCAGAACUGGAGACUCAGAGACAAGAGACAGAACAGCUUCGGCAGGCUCUACAGGACAGCAUCAACCAGCUACAGAGAAACCAGCAGGAACACAGUGUUACCAACAGAAAUAAUAGGAGCCUUAGUACGGAGAGAACGGACAGAAAGAGUGGAAGAGUGGGCCAUCACAACUGUAUACCAAAUGAAAGCUAUGAAAAGACCCCAGCAGUGAAGAAACGGACCUCACAGAUGAGACUGAAAAGGAGAGAGAGUGAUCUGGAUAAUCUAAAGAAAGAAAUGGGGCAGAAACAGCAGAUCUGUUCAAUGGUCUCUGAUUUGGCCAAUCCUCUGCAAACUCCCGAGAGCUCCCAACACCCUCGGCUCACUGAGGCCCACUGACAUGAAUACAACU